AUGCUGCUGAUCGAUGCACGCGCUGCAGAAUCCAAUGCUGUCCUUCACUGGAAUUCCGGAGACUCCCUGCCCGGUCGUCUGCAGCAGGUCACCAGUGACGAGGUGACCUGGGAGUCCGGACUGUUUGCUGACCCGCUGCAGCUGCAACGAGCUGUCCUGUCGUCGGUUCAGUUUGCGCCGGAUGAUGCUUACGGUGCCGAAUCCGACGAGUUCCGUAUCGCACUCACCACAAAGGAUGUCCUGUUUGGUUCACUCAGCUCAUUGGACGACCAGUCGCUGGUUCUCGAAAGCAGCCGGCACGGGCGAGUUGUCGUUCCGCGUGCGCUGGUCGCCGGUGUCGAGCGGAUCAAUCAGGAAGGCCUGAUCUAUCUGGGGCCGGCAGGGAUCGAUGGCUGGUCAGGACCUGGCAUUGAAACCUGGUGGGUGGAGCAGACUGACGGCUCACUCACGUCCGGUAUCCCGGACGCAUCACUGUCGCGCGAACUGCCUGAUGAACAGCAACUGUCCAUCGAAUUCAUCCUGAAAUUCAAUCAGCGUCCCGAGUUUGUGCUGGCACUCGGCGACGACGACGAAGGCAGCCUGCGUCUGGAAACCUGGGAUGAUGCGCUCGUUGCGGUCAAUGGAGCCGACUUUCUGGAAGUGCAGCUGCUGGAGGACGAACCGUCUACCAUCCACCUGCUGCUGUACGUCAACCUGAGCUCCAGCCGGAUGAUGGUGUGCACGCCACAGGGAGAGGUCCUGGCAAAACUGGGAGAAGUGAAGCCCCGGCGGGUUCCCAAAACGCUCUCUCUCCAGAACGGCAGCGACAACAUCACCCUGCAGCAUCUGCGUGUCCAUCGCUGGAAUGGCACAACGGUCGGCAGUCUUGUUCCCGGUCAAACGGGGCUGCAGCAGAUUGACGGCCAGUGGAAGCGGAUCAACGGGGGAGUGAUCAUCAAAGACGGUUCGGUCGCGUUGAGUUCCGGACGCUUUGGCAACGCCCACGGCAUGAUCAGUGACCGCCUGGGUUUUCAUGCGGAGUGGCCCUCACAGCAGUUCAUGUUUCUGACGAUCUACCUUUUCACAGCCAGCCUGAACGACCGGGACACCGCGACUAAAUGCACACUUUUGUUCAGUGAGAACAACAUUCUGGUCAGUGAGCAUUUUGAUCACAACAACCCGUUUGCGGCCAUGCAAAAUCCGGAAGGGCGCAUCCAGACGAAGGGACUCAGCGCUGACAUUCAGCUGAUCACCAGCAAAGGGGAGCUGGAGGUUCAGGUGGAUGGCAAGCCUGCCAGACGAAUCCCGCUGAAACGGGAAAGUGUGGGCAACUCGGGAGUCGUCUUCGAACUGUCAAAUUCCGGCAACGGCCGCUUCUUUGGAGGCGGGAUUCGGCGUCUCGGGGGUGGCCGGGCGGGGAGUGACUCCAACCUCGUGAAGCGACUGACGCUGUCCGGACUGACGGCCGGUCCGCCCAGCGGAGCCGCGAUUCAGAAGUUCAUUGAAGAGGAGACUCGACGUCACACGCUGACAAUUCCCCGCUUCCGCCGCGACGACCCGCCCACUCAUGCCCUGAUUGCUCCCAAUGGUGACGUGCUGCGAGGGCGACUGAUUGGAAUUCAUGCCGACUCGGUGGAGUUUGAAUCAAGGCUGGAAGUCUUUCGAUUUCCUCGGGAACGAGUUUCUGCUGUCAUCUGGAUCAGCAAUCCUCCCGGACCGCAGACAGCGAAUCAUGCCACCGACGAAGCGGAUCAGCCGGCCUCCGAUUCGACAAUACUGCAGACGGUGCUGGCAGGCGGAUUUCUGGUAUCAAUGACACCCGUCAGCAUGAUCGACGGAAAGCUGCACGGAGAGUCUGCUGUACUGGGGAACUGCAGGGUUCCGGCCACAGCCAUUUCCCAGCUGUAUCUCGGUGACCCCGCUGAACGCGAACAGACAUCCGCGUGGAGCCAGUGGCGUGCGAAGCAUGCCGUGGAACCGGACUGGGACAUCGCCAAAUCUGACGGCGGCAGUUCCGCCGGAUCGGAACUCAUCGGCCACGCCGCACCGGACUUUGAACUGCCUCAGCUGGACGGGAAGACAUUUCGCCUGUCUGACUACGCUGGCCGAACAGUUGUCCUGGACUUUUGGGCCACAUGGUGUGGCCCCUGUGUCGCAGCGUUGCCGGACUAUAUCGAAGCGACGAAAUUCUUUGAUGAUUCCGAACUCGUCUUUGUCGCCGUGAACAUCGAAGAAUCACCCCGACAGAUUCGCGCAUUUCUGGAGGAACAGGAACUGAACGUUCGAGUGGCCAUCGACGGGGGCUCUGAAGUGGCCUCUGCCUACCAGGUCAACGGAAUUCCGCAUUCUGUCAUCAUCAGUCCGGAAGGCAUCAUCGAAUGGGUGCACGUCGGCUACGACCCGGACGCCGGCGCUGAAGUGCAGCGCGUUGCUGAAGCGAUUCUGUCCGGCAGCUGGAACCGCGAGUCCGAACCCGCCGACACUUCCGCAACUCAGGAAUAG